AUGGCUAGAUACAUCGCUGCACACCAAAAUCCUCAGGGCCCAGGGGACUCCCGACCCACCGCGUUGCAAAUUAUCAAAGACGAAGGACUUGCUGGUGACGGGCUAUCAGGAAAGACCGCACUUGUGACAGGAGCGAACAGAGGUAUCGGGCUUGAAACGGUGCGAGCUCUACAUGCAGCCGGCGCAACUGUCUACCUCGGUGUCAGAGACCUCGUAAGCGGUCGGAAGGCAAUCGAAGACAUCGCCGGAACUUCAACUCCAGACAGUGGAGCACAGCUUCAACUGCUUGAGAUUUCUCUUGACUCCCUCGCCUCUGUGUGCAACGCCGCUCAAUCCUUCCUCGCAAAAACCAAUAACAGAAUCAACAUGCUUAUCCUCAACGCAGGAGUCAUGGCGUGCCCCAAGAGCAGCACCAUCGACGGGUUCGAGACACACUUCUCGACGAACCAUCUCGGCCAUUUUCUUCUCUUUCGGCUUCUACAGCAGGCCCUUCUAUCCACAUCGUCCCCUUCUUUCAACUCUCGCGUAAUAUCCGUCACUUCGUCUGUGCAUCGACUCGGCCCGAUCGAUGUCAACGACUUCACUUACGACCACCUACCUUAUCAUCCACUCAGAGCUUACGCAAGGUCCAAAACGGCUAACAUUUACUUGGCUAACGAGAUUGAGCAUCGGUUCGGCGAUCAGGGGCUUCAUGCACUUUCUGUGCAUCCAGGCAGCGUGUUGACUAUGAUUUCCCGGCACAUCGAGGAUGACCCGCUUAAGAUCCCUGAAGGGGAUUGGGAGGAGAUUCGGCAUUUUAAAAAUGCGGCCCAGGGAGCGGCACCGACUGUUCUGGCUGCGGUUGGUGCAGAGUGGGAAGGGAACGGAGGGAGGUAUCUUGCCGAUUGUGUUGAACAAGGUCAUGCGGUUGAUCCUUCUUCUCAGACGGACUUGGGGCAUGCUUCGUGGGCUUUUGAUGAGCAGAAAGCAAGCAAAUUAUGGGAUGAGUCAAGUAAAAUGAUUGGACUUGAAGAAGGGGCAGAGAUUCCACGUCUGAUGCAAUAG